GCUUUGAUCGCAUCGUUCAUGACGGAGAUCCGUGGAUGUUAGCUGAACCCGCGUGACUCCCGGUAUCAUUGAAAGAGGAGCAGCUUUCGGCGUGAUGUGAAAGCUGCUCGCGAGUACAGCGAGAUUGCGACUAGUGCGGAAGAGCUUCAGAUAAGAAUAACUGAAUCUUUCAUGGCUGUAGCGUCCCGCGUGGUGAAAACAGCUGCUCGCGAGUAGCAGAGCGAAUUCGCGAAUGGGGAGACGCAACUAUUCUGUCCGGUUCCGCUGAUUGAGACCUGAAAGAGGAGCAGCGUUCGGCAUGAUGCGAACAGCUUCUCGCCUUUAUGAAACGAGUGAUGGCCGCGGUUCACGCCUGCCUGCUCGAGCGAGAUUCGCGAGUCCGCGUUGCUGUGCGACGAAGUGAUGCGACCUGCUGCACCUCUGUCUGCGGGCUUGACGAGAUUCUUGAGUCGACGGAAACGAAAUCUCGACCGGAAAGACGUGACGCAUCUGUCACAUUGGGACUGGUUCUUUGAGCACAUUUUGAACGAGAACCCGCACAAGAGUACCCGCACGAGUAGACGUGACAGCGGCCAUGCGGAAUCCGUCUCCCCGAUGCGGUCCCCACCGUAGUCUUGGCUCCUGCUCACUCGGUGUGUUGUCACAAGGACAAAUAGAGACUCGGGCCUUGAGGUUUGCAGGUCGCAUUUUCCAGUCAUCAGAGAACCUGUGUCAAGGAGUGCCUGUAUUACGGAGCUAAUAUGGCUAAGAUGGCAUCGCUCCUUUGCCUGUUCCCAGCCUUCUCUGUUCUGAUUCUUUCAGGAACGCUCCUGGCUUCGGCAUCCCGUGACAAGCUACUGGAAUUCCAUGGGACCCCAGACGAAACCACAGCAUCUGGAGCUGCAAGACAGGCCGUGGGUAAUCCGCCUCUCGCGUUCAAGCAUCGCAGGCUGAGCGACGGCACUGUGGCAGAGCCCUUGCCAGAAGUUCCUCGAUCUCUGCAGACCGCUGGCAGCGGCAGCGGUGUUGGCGGCGGCGAUGGUUUUGGUGGUGGUGGCGACUUUCUUUCUGCCAUUUGGUCUCACCUGGCUUCGUUGCUUCACCCUGGAGGGGGACCAAGCCCCCCUCCCCCUCCCCCUCAACCAAUAGUACCAUUCAUCACAGCAGUACCUGGAACCCCCCCACCACCCCCAUCACCUGGGGCACCAUGCUUCCACCACCCUCUCUCGGGCAACUGGUCUCAUCUGCCAUCCUUCCCCCACAUUGGAGGUGGUGACGGUUGUAAUGGUGGUGGUGGUGGCGGUGGAGGGGGAGAGAGAGAGGGAGAGGGUGAGGGUGAGGGUGGGGGUGGAGGUGGGGAGGUUGUUGAAGGUAGGGGGGAAGGGUUUGGUGGUGGUUCUGGCCUCCAUGGCAGUGGCUUCAUCCACAGUGAGCUCAGUGCACACAGUGCCAGCAGCAGGGCGAGCCGUGCAAGUCGUGCUAGCCGUGCUAGCAGGAACUCAAGUGCUAGCCGCCUCCCCUAACAGAAGUGGCAAGUAGGUUUGUAUCGUAAUUCUACCGUCUCCUUGGUAGAUGUGCUGAUGUAGUGAAAGCGAUGUAAUCAGCACAGUAAUGCUCCAAAGCCUCUAUGAGCAUGUACCAGAACCUUGGAAAUAGAACCUUGGACACGUCACAUGAACUUAAAAAUAGCAGGGG